AUAGUCUUAAGCAGGUUUUGGUAUUAUAUAUGUCUGAGCUUCUCCUAAAACAGAGGCGAGUUUAUGUUGCAUAGUCUGUUGUGUUGUCGUAUAUAUCACCAACAUGCCCCUGACGGAAUAGGUUUAUUUCAGGGUUAGUUUUCUUCACCAUUCGAUGGUGGGAUCCAGCUACUUUUGCAGCCAUGCAUCCAGAAGGAACUUCUCGCAGAGCUUCGUGGCCUUAUGUAGAAGACAAAUCCUACCUUUGGGUGUGGUUGUUUUGGGUGCCCUUGUUUGCUUACACCUUAUGGCAGGCUUUGUAUUUUCUCAUUGUCAAUGUUUUACGCCGACAAAGGCUCUUAAGAGAUCCUGAAGUCAUGACUUCUUACAGGGAACUGUCAAAGAAGGCGCAGAAAGCAAACAAUGUAUGGUGGCGCCUAAGCGGUUUGCUUGGGGAUCAAAAUCGCUUGCUUAUGUUUAUCCUGCUUCAAGCCGUCUUUACUGUGGCAACCAUGGCGCUGACAGUCCCUAUCUUCUUGUCAUAUGAAUUGCAUGUAGUUUUCCAAAUACUCAAGGUUUCUGCAUCUGUAUGGAAUGGAGGGAGUUUCUUGCUAGAGGUAAUGCCUCGGCAAGUGAUUCUCAAGGAGAAGAAGAAAUUAGAAGUUCAACCAGUGCAAACUGAGCGAGACCAAUCAACGGAUGAUGAUGGAGGGACCAAUAAUUCUGCCGAGGCAUCCAGUCCUAACUAAGAGCUGUUGAAUAUUAUCCAUUUUAGUCAUGACAAAUUACUCAUCUUUUGUUGUUUUCUUAGAACUAGCGUACUUGUAGAACUUUAUAUUUGUUUUGCAGAUCCGUGAGCAAUGAUUUGUUUA